GCGGCAUGGAGCUGGGCCCGGGGCCCUGCGCGCUGCCCGCCGGGGCCGGCGCCGGGAGCGGUUCGGGCGGCCCGUGCGCCGAGAUGCUGCAGGUGGCCGAGGAGGCCUUCCGCGGCGGCAACUUCGAGCUGGCGGCCGAGAUCUACGGCUCGGAGCUGGCCGAGCUGCCGCAGCCCGAGCGGGGCCUGUGCCUCCGGCGCGCCGACGCGCUGGCGCGGGCCGGCCGCAUGGCCGAGGCGCUGGACGCCUACGGCGCGGCGGCGCGGCUGGCGCGGCUGCGGCCCGAGGAGCUGCGGGAGCUGGCCGAGAGCUUGGCGCUCAGCAUCCGCGACAAGGAGCUGCGCCUGCCGCCCCCGCCGCUCCCGCCGCUCGGCUCCUCGGGCGGCGGAGCCGAGGGCGAGGCGCUGGGCGACCCGGCCUGCUGCCGUCCGCCGGAGCUCUUCGCCUGCCCGCUGUGCCGGCGGCUGCUGUGCGAGCCCGUCACCCUGCACUGCGGGCACACCCACUGCCGCCGCUGCGCCGAGCCCGGGGACUGCGGCCGCUGCCACCGGGCGCGCCGCCCCGCCGAGCCCUCCGCCGCCCAGCCCCAGCCGCCCGCCGCCCGGCCGCGGGUCAACGUGGUGCUGGGCAACCUGCUGCAGAAGUGGUUCGGCGCCGAGAGCCGGGCGCGGCGGCUGCGCGCCGAGGGGGACGAGCUGCGGGAGCGGCAGGAGCUGCCGGCCGCGCUGGAGAAGUACGACCAGGCGCUGGAGAUGGCUUCUUGCAAGUGUUCACUGAUAGCACAGCGAGCAGAGCUCUGUACAUCAAUGAAAAACUACCAGCAAGCUCUCCAUGAUGCAGACAUCCUCUGCCGAAGCAAACCCCACUGGCCUGCGGGUCAUUAUGUGAAAGCAAAAGCUCUUUCUGGAUUGGAAAGGACUGAGGAAGCAUUGAAGGAGUUUCUCUAUUGUGUUGCCUUAAAUCCUGAAUGGAGCUCAAUGAAGAAAGAAGCCCAGAAGAUAAUGUGUGAGAUGUUUUUCCCAGCCUUUGAAAAUGUGCAUGAUAGUCUAACAGCACCUUUCUCUAGUCGAACAUCCCAUACAAGAUUGAAACCUGCAUUUUUAAGUAGCAUAAACACACAGUCAGCUGCUGAAGAUAGUUCUAUUGCUGGGUCCUCAAAGGAUACUGUGUUCAGGUUAACAAAAAACCCGUCCCAAGAAUCUGAUGUAUUUAGAAGCACUGAUUCUCCCGCUUCCCAUAACGUACUGGAUCGCUAUUUUGAAGACAGCAAGAAGUCUUUGGGAGCUGUUCUCUCCAGUUUACCUGGGACUGGCUUAAAAAGAAAGCUGUCCAGUGAUAUGAGGGAUAUACAAAGCUUGGACAUCCCCAGUAAAAUCCCUAAGAAAGAUGUAGAUGUUUUACCUGAAAAUGCUGUCAUCACUUCAAGUGAGAUACCAACGACUCUUGUUGAUGCGUCGGACUUUGAGUGUUCCCUCUGCAUGAGGUUGUUCUAUGAACCUGUUACCACUCCCUGUGGACACACCUUUUGCCUCAAAUGCCUUGAGCGUUGCCUUGACCAUAAUCCACAUUGCCCACUCUGCAAAGAAAAGCUGUCAGAAUUCUUGGCGAGCAGAACUUACAAAAAGACCGUCCUUACGGAAGAACUGAUAGUCCGUUACUUGCCAGAGGAAUUAUCUGAAAGGAAGAAAGUCUAUGAGGACGAAAUGAAGGAAUUGUCAAAUUUGAAUAAAGAUGUUCCCAUCUUCGUAUGUACCAUGGCCUUUCCUACCAUCCCUUGCCCACUUCAUGUUUUUGAACCUCGUUAUCGCCUGAUGAUAAGAAGAUGCAUGGAGACUGGUACCAAACAGUUUGGCAUGUGCUUAGCUGAUGAAUUGAAAGGAUUUGCAGAUCAUGGCUGUAUAUUAGAGAUCAGGGACGUAAAGUUUUUUCCUGAUGGACGCUCAGUUGUUGAUACAGUUGGUGUCCGUCGUUUUAGGGUCUUAAGCCAUGGCCAACGAGAUGGAUAUAACACAGCAAACAUCGAAUAUCUUGAAGAUAAAAAGGUUGAAGGACCAGAGUAUGAAGAACUUGUCCGUCUUCAUGAUUCAGUUUAUGAUCAAGCUGUUGCCUGGUUUACUUCUCUUAAAGACAAUAUGAAGGUGCAAAUUCUCAAUCAUUUUGGGUCCAUGCCAGGAAAAGAACCAGAGCCGCAGAGCAACCCCAGUGGUCCUGCCUGGUACUGGUGGCUCUUGGCAGUGUUGCCUCUGGAGAACAGAGCUCAGCUGGCUAUAUUGGCUAUGACCUCCCUUAAAGAUCGUCUUAUUGCCAUCAGACGCGUCUUGAUAUUUGUGACUCGCAAAAGACCUAGAUAACAUGAUCUUCAGUUGUAAAUGAGCACUGAAAGCAUCUCACGACUGGUUGUUUGUGGGGGGUGAGAGGGGAGGGGUUGUUUUUGUUUUUUUUUUUAAGAUUCUUUCAAAAAUGAACAGCCCUUUCUGACUGUGUCCAGCAUCCAUCGAUUGCAUCGGUUUGUUAUCCUGGGUAUUUACCAAACCUUGCACUCUUCUCCUGUUGUCCCAGUGAAAUCUGAGCCUCUACAGAGCUGUGCUACAGUUAGAACGUAGUUGAUAAAUGUGGAUAAAUUGCUUCAAAAUACUAUGAUAGAGUUAAUGUUUAUAGCCUGCAAGAGAGUUAAGUACUAGAGUAGCACCGCUGGCCUACAUGUGAUUUGGAUUUCCGCUUAGUAGGAAAAGGAAACUGGACAGUGAAUUAUUAAAGAGGUGUUUCCUAGACUUUCUUGAAGGUAGUGAACAGAAGAGGAGCUGCGCUUCCCGGCCGAAGUAUACAUGAAGACUAUAACGAGCAGUAUGCUCUGUUAGUGAACUGGUAGACAGUCCAUCAUACACCCACAUCUCUCUCUUUCAGGAAAUAUAAGUCUGCGAGGAAAAAAAAAACACCUAAGCAGUUUGUGGUCAAGGCAUCUGAGGAUGUUCAUCUGAAAGAAUAAUAGCUACUGAAUAAAUACACUAUUUAGUAGCCUUAGGUAAUCCCUUGCGUUGUGAUAUAUGUGUUGUAGCAGAUUGAGUAUGUACAAAAUGCUUGGAAGGGUGUACUUUGGAUUAUUUGAAAAGAAAAAUCAAAGUAGACCUAGCUGGUCUUAUCACUAAAUUGAGAUCAUACCAGCUCUCUAAACUAUGAUGAACGCUGCUGUGAAAUGAUUUCACUCCAAGUACUAGGAAGGCAGACUGCAGUUUUUUUUAACGAGUGUUCUGCAAGUGGGACUGGCAAGGAUAGAAUACCAUUUCCCAUUUACCUGCAGUGUCAUGCCAACCUCGUGGUACAUUGGAAUGAUCUCUAUUGAACGUGUUUCAAACCGAAAGUAUUGUAGCUUAGUACCCGUUGCUGUAUGUGUUGGAAAUCAGUCCAUGAUAACACCAUGAACAGAGGCACGAACCGAACACUAUAAAGGCAAGUCUCAAUGCAAGCUCAAGUCAGGUGUUAACCUUCAUUUGUGUUAUUGAUUUUUAUAGACUGUUUUGUUAAUAUCUAACUUUGAUAGCUCUGAAAUUGCUUCUCAGUCAAAUGAUCAACAUUUUACUCAAUUGCCAAUGAAAUAACAGUGUUACCAGUUCAAUUGGCGUAAUUUCCUGUAAGCAUUUCCUAGAAUUGAUAGUACCAACAGGAAAAAAGUUGACUUGAAUCCUAACGUGCUGCAAGUAUAGCAAGUUCGAUUUAAAGACUUACUCAUGUGCAGAAGUCUGGUAAGAUGAAAUGGCUGUUUACCUAAAUGGUCAAAGUGCCUGGUUUCUUUUUUAGUUCUUUUUCCUUACUUGUCAAUGAAGAUGUAUUUAAACCUUUUUUGUUUCAAUUUGCACAUGAGUUCUGGAAGAAAACUGCAUUGAACUGCAGUAAUUAACAUAUAUUACCUACUCUCUUUGGGUAUUGUAGUAAUAACCUGUGUGGUCUGGGAAACAAAAGUACUGAGUUUUUUUUCCUUUCAGCAAAUGGCUACCACAAAUGGUUUCUGUAACAUACCCUGAAUGUACUGUAACUGCCUCUACCUUGAACACGCCUUUUCUAUUUAAAUAAUUUGUAAGUAUAUUCUCUGAAUUGUGAAGUGACAACCAAUGAUGUAAUAACCUCUACAGUAGCCUUCUACAAGUUCUGCUACCAUCACCAAAAUACUAAAAAUUCAAGUUGAAUGCAUUUCCUCCAGGAUUUGAAGAUGCCGAAGAAAAAGCAUUGAAAUAUAAAGUAAUUUCCAGAGAAUUGUUCUGUGUAUAGGAGAGGAAAUGCCAGAAGUCAGUAGGUCUUCAGCCUACUGUCAGCUCACCUACCGAAGGGUGGUUUUGCAAACUAAUUCUUAGACCAGAAGAUGGACUGUGUUUGAUCUUGCAAUCCUUUCUGUUCAACUUCCUGUUCUUCCCAUCCCUUUCCAUGCUGUGUAUUUCUCCUAGAUUCAGUCAUCUCGCUCCUUCAUGUGUGUGGCCUAGUUUUGAGUAUUAGUAGUUUGGCUGCAAGGGACGCUGAUGGUAUUGUGUAUUGCUGGUCCCUGAUCUUCCAUGUGCUUAAUUUUGCUUUUAGGAGUGUGUUUAAGAAAAAAAAAAAAAAA